AUGAGCAUCAGUGGUGUUGGCGGAGAAUUCAUCGAUCGCUCGCAAUUCAAAUCACGUCUACAGAUACAUCUUCCCGACUUGGACAGCCCCGUUGAUUUUGAAGUAUACUGCAUAAAACGCCUCGGUCUGAGUACGCCAACUACUCAGAUCCCUCAGAAUGUUCGAGAGCUUUGGCGUCCCUUGCAAUUGGCAGAUGAACAUUUCGAUACACCAGGUCCUGUGGAUAUACUUAUUGGGGCAAACCUUCUCCCGACCUUAAUGCGGUCCGGGGUCCUGCGGAAAGACACGACAAUGGCACAAAACACCGCAGUCGGAUGGAUCAUUUCGGGCUGCAUCGCUCAACCGACGACGUCGACCACUACUCGACUCUGCCUUACACAAGCUGGUGUCGAACCUCAUUGGUAUCAACAACUAUUUCAACUUAUUCAGCGAUUUUGGGAAAUUGAGAACGUGCCCCAUGUCGUAAGACAGUCGCCAGAUGACAAGAUUUGUGAAACUAUCUUCAGUCAGCAUCAACGUGACGCUCAAGGGCGUUACAUUGUACCACUGCCUGUUCGGACAAACCUCCUUCAUCUGCUCGGCGAAAGCUUACUCGGUGCUCUGGCUUCACUGGCUGCGCUUCUCCGACGAAUGAAAAGAGAUCCAGCACUGGCUCGAGCCUGCCUAAAUUUUAUGAACGAGUAUUUAAGAUAUGGCCACAUGAGAGAGCUACCUGAAGAAGAAAUACAUCAAACUGACUCACCGAUAUACUACAUACCUUUUCAUGGGAUUUGGCAGAGAGGAGAUCUCGAACAGAAGCUGCGCGUAGUAUUCAAUGCAUCACGGUCUACGUCUAGUGGGUACAGUUUGAAUGACGUUCUGUACACCGGCCCUAAACUCCAGACCACCUUGUGGCGCGUGUUAGUUAUAUGGCGUAUUUAUCAAAUCGCCUUUAGUACUGACGCUCAAAUGAUGUACCGUCAAAUACGCAUAGCAAAGGAGCACUUAAACUUACAACGAAUUGUUUGGAGCCCUCACGAGGAUUUACCUGUCAAGCAUUAUCAGCUCCUCACCGUCACUUAUGGCACGUCAUGCGCGCCCUACCUCGCUCUUAGGGUGAUGAAACAAUUAUGUGACGACGAAAAGGAGGGUCGUGAGGAUGCAGCGAGAGCUUUACUCCACGAGAGGUACAUCGACGACAUUUUCUCUGGUGCCGAUAAUAUUCCAGAUGCCCUGCGAUUGCGAGACCAAAUGAUCCAACUCGCCCAAGCAGGAGGCUUUCCCCUUCGCAAGUGGGUUGCCAACACUCCCGAGCUUCUACAAGAUCUGCCUCCGGAAAUGUGUUUGCGUCCAUCAUGGGUUCGUAUCGGUGAAGACGGACCUGUAAAUGAGCUGGGAAUUCACUGGGAUCCUCAGGCUGACAACUUUCGUUUGGCUCCACCACAACUCGCGCCUGUGCAACGCACAAAACGCGAGAUACUUGCCGCGGUCGCAAGCAUCUUUGAUCCAUGUGGAUGGCUUGCACCCGUCACUUUAUUGGCCAAAAUGUUGAUGCAGGAUCUGUGGCGGGCUGGUCUGGAUUGGGAUCAACCGUUACCGGCGUCAAUGUCAAGGCGCUGGGACAGUUUCAAAGAGAACUUGGGACGGAUUUCGGAAGUCAGUAUUCCUCGUUGGUUAAAGACCUCACCUGGGCAUGCUGUAGAACUGCACGCCUUCUCUGACGCCAGUCGCCGUGCAAUGGCUGCAGCUGUAUACAUUAGAGUUUCUCAAGAUCAAUCCGUUCAUACUGCAUUGUUAAUAGCCAAGACCAAACUGGCUUCAAUCAAAAGCUUGCGUCCUAAGGAACAAACCGAGCCUCGAAUGACUAUUCCACGACUGGAAUUAAGAGCAGCUCUAAUAGCUGUGAAAUUACUGAGAACUGUAGCCAAAGAUUUAAAGAUUUCCAAUGACAAUUGCUACGCUUGGACCGACUCUAAAAUCGCCCUUCAUUGGAUUUGCUCGGACGAGCCUGUCGGCAAUUCGCUGGUGGACAACUACGUGAAUCAGAUACAAGAAACGUUUCCCCGUGCCGCUUGGAGACAUGUAUUCAGCGAAUUAAAUCCAGUAGAUGUCGCCACACGAGGAGCUGAAUUGACUCAACUCUUGCACGAACGUUCAUGGUUUGACGGACCCACCUGGCUCUCAAAUCCGUCUACUUGGAAAGAGAUCCCGUCACAUCCUACUCCAGAAGCAGUGACCAGCCAUGCUACCACCGUUUGCGAGAAUCUGAACUUGAAUCCAUCUUUCGUAAACAAAUUUUCAAGGCUACUGACUCUGCUGCGAUUCCUAGUGAGAUUACGUCGUUGGAUACGAAUUCGGCUUCAACGCACGCCCACUGCCGUUGUUCUGGGGCCCAUGACCGCCGUUGAGCUUCACGAAGCCUUUCUCGCAUGCGUUCAACUCAGUCAAAGCCAAUACUUUGCUUCUGAAAUUGCGAGUCUUCGGAGCGGGAACAAUCUUCCCAAUCGCAGCGUGCUACGAGGAUUAGCCGCUCACGUUGAUUCCAAGGGCAUUCUUCGCGUAGGUGGACGCUUGCAGCACUCCCUACUAUCCUACGAUGAACGUCACCCACCAAUAUUGUCUGGCACUGAUCAUCUGGCUUGGCUGAUCAUCAACUGGGCGCACGAGAAAUCACUUCACGGGGGCUUUCGAUCAACAUACGUCCAAGUCGUUCGUCGAGCGUGGAUCCUCGGUGGUAAAAGAAAAAUUCGGACUUUCAUCCAAAAUUGCGUGAUCUGCAUCCGCUCUUCUCCCCGCCCAUUGGAACAAGUUAUGGCUCCCCUGCCUCCAGAGCGCAUCAUUCCGAGUGAUCCCUUCGCUUACACCGGUGUUGACUAUGCAGGCCCAUUUAACGUUCUUGCGGCCAAAGGUCGCGGUUGUCGUGCAACCAAAGGAUAUGUUGCCGUAUUUGUGUGCCUUCGGUCAAAAGGAGUGCACUUGGAACUCGUUGCAGACGCUCUCGCCACUGAAGGUAUCACUUGGAAAUUUAUUCCCCCUGCUGCUCCUCACUUCGGAGGGCUGUGGGAAGCUGGCGUGAAGUCCUUCAAAAGACAUCUCAAACGAGUUGCCGGCCCAAGAAAUUUGACAUAUGAAGAGUUUUCCACGUUGCUUAUCGGUAUUGAAGCCGUACUGAAUCGCCGGCCUCUCUCUCCGCUCUCUAGCGAUCUCGAUGAUCUAGAAGUUUUAACAGCUGGCGAUCUGCUAGUUGGAAGACACCUUGGGUCGAUACCCGAAGUUCCUGCAGAUUACAGCAAUCUAGACCACUUGACUCACUGGAAGCUUGUGAAAGCAAUGCGGGACGAGUUGUGGAAAAGAUGGAGCCGAGAGUAUUUUAACACGCUACAACAACGCCAAAGAUGGUUGCGUCAGCGCCCCAACUUAAAGGUCGGGGAUCUAGUUUUCAUCUUGGAUCCGAGUUUGUUACGUGUCAAUGGCAGAUGGCCUUUGGGACGCGUAAUUCAAGUUCAUCCGGGACCUGAUGGGAACGUCCGCACCGUGACCGUUCGUGCUGCUACUGGCGAAUACGUCAGACCUAUCGUUAAGUUGGCUCUCAUCCCACUCGCCGAUCCUGCGAGGCCAAAUGGUUCUCGCCGCUAA